UGACUACACCGUUGAACAAUGUUUAGGCCAAGGGGGUUUUGGCAGCGUUCGUGCUGGCAUGAGGAAGAGAGAUGGGGAACAGGUGGCCAUCAAAUUCGUGAGGAAGACGAAGGUGACAUUCUUGACUGUGCCUGAAAAUGGCACUCGCGUGCCGAAGGAGGUGGCUCUGAUGUUGAGGCUGCCAGCACAUACCAACGUUUGCCAGCUCCUCGACUGGCUUGAUGGCAAGGGCCAAAUCGCCCUCAUCCUGGAGCGCCCUCAGCCGUGCAUUGACCUUGCCGAAUAUUGCCAUCAAAGACGGCCCAGCGAGCAGGAAGCCUCGGCCAUCAUGAGGCAGGUGGUGCUGGCCGCCAAACACUGCCACGACCACGGAGUUCUGCACCGCGACAUCAAACCCCAAAACAUCCUCAUCAACACCGACACCAAGGCCGUCAAACUGAUAGAUUUUGGCUGCGGGGACUUCCUGCGAGAGGGGCCAUAUACGUCUUUCUCUGGCACAUGGGCAUUCAUGCCACCUGAGCUGUUCGUUCAGGGCAGCUAUGGGGCCCAGCAGGCCACCGUCUGGUCCUUAGGUGUCCUCCUCUACUACCUGGUCAAAGGUGUACUGCCAUUCUACUCCGAAGAGGACAUAGUGGAGAAGAAGAUACGGCCACGCCUGCGCAAGCUCUCACCUGAUUGCCGCAACCUCGUUCUCACAUGCCUGAGGAAAGAUCCCGCCGCACGGCCAAGCCUCGACUCCAUCCUGAGGCACAGAUGGCUUGGAGACGGUGGUGGGCCGACGGGGACCCGCAGACGAUCCAAAGGCAAAGGCAGUUCCCGUCCCAACAUGAGACGCGCUGGCGAACUACCUGUGGUGGUCAUAGGCUACGACGAGGAAGCAUUGGUGAUGUGGCACGUCAUGGAGUUCGCCACAGAUAUCCAGCUGGACAUGCUCCCAGGGAAUAUAAGGCAGAGGCGGAGGAAUAUAAGAAUUGCGAAGCAGGAGAGCGAAGACCACCAGCAGCAGCCUCCCAAGGAAGCUAGCCAAGACCUUGGCCAAACGGCUGGGGAAGGCAGGUGCCGGGCCACUGCACCUCAGCCCCGGAAAAGGGGAUGGAUUUCCUCUGGGCAAGAGGCUCGGCCCUCAUUUAAAAGGAGGCGUGCUGGCCUGAACGGUGCCAAACCUCGGCAAAAGGGACCUGAGCCAGCAAAACAUGGAGUAGAUGACUACACCGUUGAACAAUGUUUAGGCCAAGGGGGUUUUGGCAGCGUUCGUGCUGGCAUGAGGAAGAGAGAUGGGGAACAGGUGGCCAUCAAAUUCGUGAGGAAGACGAAGGUGACAUUCUUGACUGUGCCUGAAAAUGGCACUCGCGUGCCGAAGGAGGUGGCUCUGAUGUUGAGGCUGCCAGCACAUACCAACGUUUGCCAGCUCCUCGACUGGCUUGAUGGCAAGGGCCAAAUCGCCCUCAUCCUGGAGCGCCCUCAGCCGUGCAUUGACCUUGCCGAAUAUUGCCAUCAAAGACGGCCCAGCGAGCAGGAAGCCUCGGCCAUCAUGAGGCAGGUGGUGCUGGCCGCCAAACACUGCCACGACCACGGAGUUCUGCACCGCGACAUUAAACCCCAAAACAUCCUCAUCAACACCGACACCAAGGUCAUCAAACUGAUAGAUUUUGGCUGCGGGGACUUCCUGCGAGAGGGGCCAUAUACGUCUUUCUCUGGCACAUGGGCAUUCAUGCCACCUGAGCUGUUCGUUCAGGGCAGCUAUGGGGCCCAGCAGGCCACCGUCUGGUCCUUAGGUGUCCUCCUCUACUACCUGGUCAAAGGUGUACUGCCAUUCUACUCCGAAGAGGACAUAGUGGAGAAGAAGAUACGGCCACGCCUGCGCAAGCUCUCACCUGAUUGCCGCAACCUCGUUCUCACAUGCCUGAGGAAAGAUCCCGCCGCACGGCCAAGCCUCGACUCCAUCCUGAGGCACAGAUGGCUUGGAGGUGGAGACUAGUCGG